AUGUCUACAACUAAAAUCGGUCUAUUGCUAAUCCACCCAGCUGUAACUACCACUCCAGAGUUGGUACAAGAUGUCAAAGAAGGUUCAACAGAGAGAGGUAUCAAGUUUGUUGACCAAUACCUAGUUAACAAGGUUAACGACUCAUCCAUUAAAUUGAAGCCAUCUACUUACGACGUUAUCCACUAUUUGACUCCUGAGAAAUCAGAUGCUAUUUUGUUCCCAAAAAAGCUUAUUCCAGUUUUACAAGCUUCCAUGAAGCCAAAUGGUAACUUCUAUGGUCUAAGUGAUAUAUACAAGGUCGACGCAUUAAUCAACGGCUUUGACAUUGUUAACGAUUCAAACGAUUUGUAUCAUUGGGUUAAUAAAGCUAAUAUUGAUAAACCUGUUUCUAAGCUUGUUUCUUUGAAGUCCACUGAUUCUUCAAAUUCCAGUUCAUCUUUACCUUCAUUCAAGAAGAGUGUCAACUCUGGUAAAGUCUUACCUUCUUUCAAGAAGCUACCAACAUUCCAGAAAAAGAGUGAUGGUCCACAGAUUGUUAAACUAGCUGAUGAUAACGAUGAAUUAGAUGAGGAUAUGGAUGAAGAAGUAUUUAGUGAUUUUUCAAAGACUCAGUUCUUCGACGAAAUGGAUGACGAGGAUUCCAUUGAGGAAGAUAAUUUGAUCUCUGAAAAGGGUCAAAAUAACGUCAUUACUAUGAUUACAUGUGGUAAGACUAAGACCUCUAGAAAGAAGGCCUGUAAGGAUUGUUCCUGUGGUAUUAAGGAAGAAGAAGAGCAAGAGAUUGACAACAUUAGAAGUCAACAAGAAAAGGUUGUCCAAUUCACUGAAGAUGAACUUACUGAAAUCGAUUUCACUAUCGAAGGUAAGAAAGUAGGUGGUUGUGGUUCUUGUUCUCUAGGUGAUGCUUUCAGAUGUUCUGGGUGCCCAUACCUUGGUCUGCCAGCUUUUAAGCCAGGUGAGAAGAUUAAUUUGACCAGUAUUUCUGAUGACUUGUAA